CGUGUAGAUAUCCUCCCACUAUGUAAAGAAAGUGGGUGUUUUUUGUGUUGGUUUUCCAGCCCUACCAAUCGCCAAAAACGAAGCCUUAGAAAUACUUACAUAUUUGUUUUUACUUACUAAUUACUUUAUUAUUUAAAUAAUAAACAUUUAUUACAAUGACGGAGGAAGCGGAAGCAACUCCCAAUUUGCUGCGUGUCCUAGUUAACUGUGCCGAAAAAGCGGCAAAUAUUGCUCGUGUUUGUCGAUCCAACGAACAGCUGUUGUCCUUAUUAGUGCAGGAAAAAACUGGAGGCGAAGCCAACUCUCGUUUUGAGCAUGAUUUCAAAACUCUGGCCGAUGUCCUUAUCCAGGAGACUAUCAAGGAGGAGGUGGGAAAACUGUUCCCAGCCAUGAAAGACUUGAUACGGGGCGAGGAGUCGCCGAAUUUUACAAACAAAGAGGGCAACAGCAUUACCAUAGCUGUGGGCGAAACGGAAAGCGAAACAACCAGUUGCCUGGCAGCAGUCCUGGAAGGACAUGAAGAAGCGGCCGCUGCACUGGCCACAGAAGUGCAUCGGGUGGUCAGCUAUGAGAGCAGCAAACUGGGCGAAAUACCACAACUACCUCAAGACUUGGACUAUGGGAAUCUAGGCAUUUGGAUUGAUCCCAUUGAUGCCACGGCGGAAUACAUUUCCGGUGAUACAAUGUUCACCAACUUCCCAGGCAUCACUUCCACGGGUCUGGACUGCGUCACAGUGCUCAUAGGCGUCUAUGAACACGAUACCGGAGUGCCCGUAAUGGGCGUUGUUGCCCAACCAUUUGGCAUUAAGCUGGAGGAGAAUGUCUACAAUUCUUCCAUAUUUUGGGGCAUAUGUUUGCCCACAUUGCAGGCUCAUAACUGCAGCUUCGGAGCCCGCGACGAGCAACGUCAUCUUGUCAUUUUCUCCAGUUCCGAGCAGGCGGAGAUAUUGCAGCAAUUUCUCGAUUUAGGCUAUGAAUUUGCCUUUUCAGCCGGUGCUGGUCAUAAAUCCUUGAAAGUCAUCACCCACGAAGUGGAUGUUUAUCUACUGAGCAAAGGUUCAACAUUCAAAUGGGACACCUGUGCGCCUCAGGCCAUUUUACGUUCCCUAGGAGGCGACAUCUUUGACUUUAAAGCCAGUGUAAGGGAACAGAAGGCGAUGCCAAUUAAAUAUCUAGGCGAAGAUGACGAUUCCAAACGAAACGCCGAUGGUUUAAUCGCUGUGCGAGAUGUUCAAGUACUCGAAAACAUUCUUGUUAAAUUAGGCCAGCAAUGAAUGUUGCAAUUGUUGUAAUCUCAUAAUUAAGUAACAUUAUUGUUGUUGUUUUUGUGUUGUAAGCUAAAUUAUAUAUUUAUACCGACCGAGAAUUUAUAUGAGCCAUCCCUCCAAUUGAACUCCAAACAGACAAAUAACAUAUAUAUAUAUAUUAAAUUCUGAAUGAUCUACAAAGCAAUUAAAUAAGUUAAAUAGGUAAGCAAACUGGACAAAAUAAACAAUAUGAAUUCAUUGGACAUUUCAAA